AUGGAGACGGAGCGCGAGCUGCACAACCACUUGCAGAGGAUGCACGCACGUGACAAUGUACGCCAGACACACCCUUCCUCACUCCUUUACCAAGCUCUCCCAAGUUCCCCAGACCAUGAGUCACCAAGCCAAGAAUUACCCAAUGACCCCACAUCCACAGCAGUGCUGAGAGGCUGGGAACCCCAACAUCAGCCCAGCGCAGAGCCCAGAAAGCAGGAGGCUCCUGGGACUGUGCUGCCACUGGCUGAAACAUCUGGAAACAGCUGCACAGGUAAGGCCCUGCUGAGCUUCUGGAAAGGUGUGGGUGAGGCAAAGACAUGGAUGGGGGCCAGGUUGAGCUGGGUCCCGGUCACAGAUGCCUGCUGGCAGGUUCCCUUCUCCGUUCUCCAGGUCACUGGAAGCCUGAAGGAGCUGGACUUGGGUGGAAACUUCUUGAGCCACUCUGCCGUACAGAGUCUCUGUGAGGCCCUGAGAUGCCCUAGGUGCCACCUAGAGACCCUGUGGUUGGCCGGCUGCGGCCUCACAGCUGAAGGCUGCGAGGACCUUGCCUCUGGGCUGAGCGCCAGCCAGACCCUGGUGGAGCUAGAAUUGAGCUUCAAUAUGCUCCUGGACACUGGAGCUGAGCACCUUUGCCAGGGCCUGAGACAGCCAAGCGGCAAGCCGCGGCGACUGUUACUGGUCAGCUGCGGCCUCACGCCCGGCUGCUGCCAGGACCUGGCCUCCGUGCUCGGGUCCAGCCCCAGCCUGAGCGAGCUAGACCUGCAGCAGAACAACGUGGAUGGCCUCGGCAUGAGGCUGCUCUGCGAAGGGCUCACACAGCCUACCUAACUCACACUCCUGUGGCUGGAUCAGACCCAGCUGAGCGAGGAGGUGACAGAGAGGCUGGGGGUCCUGAAGGAGAAGAAGCCUCAGCUGCUCAUCUCCAGGAUACAACUGAAGAUUCUCGGUUCUGGGGUCAUCCUGGCGACACGGGUCCCUCCCGUCUUGCACAUGUGCAGUGCUGUCUCCGUAAAAUAACUCAUCAAUCAACAUAUUUAAGGAGGCAAAACCAGUUUCAGCUGGAAGCCAAGUCUGACGAUCCCCAAUGAGGGCCCAGGUGGAGGAGGGACGAGUGAUAACAUGUCCUCACUCAAGCGGCAGAGACAAGAAUCAGAGGGAAGCGCCCCUCAAGUAGCACAGGUGGAACCCUUCUGUCUGUCGUCUCCUGCCCCCCUGGGGGACCUACACACGGAGUCUCUGGGGACCGAGGAUGACUUCUGGGGUCCCACAGGGCCUGUGGCUACCGACGUAGUUGACAAAGAGAGGAGCCUGUACCGAGUUCACUUCCCCGUGGCCAGCUUCUACCACUGGCCCAAUACCGGUCUCCACUUUGUGGUGAGAGGGCCAGUGACAGUUGAAAUGGAAUUCUGUGCCUGGGACCAGUUCCUGAACAGGACAUUCCCACAGCACAGCUGGAUGGUUGCAGGGCCUCUGUUUGACAUCAAGGCUGAGCCAGGAGCUGUGGCAGCUGUGUACCUCCCUCACUUUGUGGCCCUCCAAGCGAACUACGUGGACAUCCCCCUGUUCCAAGUGGCCCACUUCACAGAAGAGGGGAUGCUCCUGGAGAAGCCAGCCAGGGUGGCGCCAUAUUACUCCGUCCUGGAAAACCCCAGCUUCUCGCCCAGGGGAGUUCUACUGAGGGUGGCCCACGCUGCUCUGCACUUCAUUCCCAUCACUUCCACCGGGUUGCUCUACCAUCACCUCCAUCCUGAAGAAGUCACCUUCCACCUCUACCUGAUCCCCAGUGACUGCUCCAUUCAGAAGGCCAUAGAUGAUGAAGAGAAGAAGUUCCACUUUGUGCGAAUACACAAGCCGCCCCCGCUGACGCCGCUCUACGUGGGCUCCCGCUACAUCGUGUCUGGUUCGGAGAAGCUGGAAAUAAUGCCGGAGGCCCUAAUCAGUCCUAAGGAAGCUGUGAUCACCUGCGCUGUGGUGGGCUCUAUGGCUGUGGGAGUGCUGCUGGCAAGUUAG